CCCGGAUUAUCCUUGCCGCUAUGAGAGGCAUCUCUGUUUCGAGUUGUGCUGGUGACAGCCCUCUAUUUAGAAACAAGCUUUCUUUCUACGAAUGUUUAGGAUCUCACCGAUGCGCUCGAAUCUCGAGUUGAAAGGAUUAUUGGCAUUUGUAAAGAGCGAGAAGAACUCGCCAAGCGUGAGAUGGCGUUGAAUAGAGAAUUAGCGGCGCUGCUGGAGGAAACUACGAUUCACGAUCUAGAUCCAGACGAUGCCGACAUGCUGGAGAUGAUGGAGUCAUUUGUAUCAGUUGUGCAACAAGUCGAAGAGCAUCGAGAAAGAGUACUGGAUCAAAGACGGAUCGGUGUUGUUCAACCUUUAGAAAGUUUUCUCAAGACAGAUGUUUUAGCUCUAAAAGACUUGAUGUGUGCAUUCAGGAAGGCGAAUUCUAAUGCUGAUACUGCAACACAAAAAUUGUGUCAAUGUAAACGAAAUGAUGUCGUUUUGCUGUCUGAGGCAUCGAUUCAGCUUCAUGAAGCUCGACGUAUUCAACAUCGAACAUCAUGUCAAUACAUCAUCGAAAUGAAUGCGCUUCAUGAGAAGAAACGGCCAGAAUUGCUGGAGAGGGUGGUUGAGUUGUUGACGUGUGAAGCAUCAUUUCACAAAUUGUGUCAGUUACAAUUGCAGGAGGUGGAGGGGAUGGUUGGGAGGCUUUUUACUCAAACGCAACAAAUUAAAAUGAUGCAAGAAGAACAGAAGAAAAUCGAGGAGUCGAAUGCGAAGCGAAUCACAGAAGAGGUUGAAGCCGCAAGAGCAAGAGACUUAGUAAUUUUUCAAACCUACGAUUUGCACCUUUCACCAUCAACGACAGAAGCCAACAACAGCAUGUUGCAAGCCGUAGUAGGCAUUGCUCCUCCGUUGGUUCAUAAUGGUUCUCCCGUUGAAAAGCCGCUGGUCACUAUGAAGUCGGGGUAUCUCCUACGAGGUGAACCGCGGCUCCCGUUUGGAAUGACGUUUGUACGACAAUACUUUCAUAUCAUUGAUGGUUUACUUCUAAGUCAACGUGUUGGAAGAAACCAACCACAACUUGAAGUGAAUUUGAAGCUUUGUACUGUCAAACAUGCUACUGCUCAGGAGACGGAAAGAAACUUUUGUUUUCGUGUGAUAUCUCCCAACAAGACGUUGUUCCUUCAGGGUGAGAGUUCUCAUGAGGUUGAGUCAUGGAUUACGGCUUUGCAGAAUGCGACUGCCCAUGCAAUACUUUCACAACAGACAGUCUGUGAGGAAGACAAGAAUCUUACUGUACCGAGACGUAAGAUCCCACAGUCACACAGCAGCCCCGACAUUACGAGUAUUUCUACAGACAACGCAGAAUCUCAGCAUUUAUCACUGAGUCCGUUUUCGGCUUUCACUACAUCAGCAACAGACACUGUAGACGACAUCUGGUCAGUACCAGGAAACGAGAUUUGUGCCGACUGUGAGAAGGCAAAACCAAAAUGGGCAAGCGUCGUCGUGGGUGUCACUCUAUGCAUUGACUGCUCUGGAGUGCAUCGUAGCUUAGGAGUCGAUAUUUCCCAGGUAAAGUCACUAACGCUGGACACGCUCAAACCCGAGUGGAUAGACAAACUAAAACGUGUCGGAAAUAGAACCGCAAACGAGUUGUUUGAAUACGAACUGCCGUCUGACUUCUCAAAAAACUUCAAGAAUCAGGAUGAGAGACGGCACUUUAUUCGACAGAAAUACGACGAGUUAACGUUCAUGACCAAGAGUAACAGAGAAGCAGAGCAGACGCGACGGAGAGACGUGUUGGAGACGAAGAGACAGGCACAGGCUGCAGAGCGCAGUCAUCGUCGUUAUGCAUCAGCCGACCAACUAUUGGACUGCAUUCCGAAGUCUUCUGUAGAGUCGUCGGCGCAACAUGUUAAAGACAGAAGAGGAUCGUUACAGACGAGUAAAGAUGAGAUAUCAAUGUUGACUAGUGACAGUGUGGCUGGGCCAUCUGUACAGAAGGCUUCGUCGAGACAUUCUGGUGGUGUGUUUGGUCGUAUCGGACAGUCUCUGAGGACGGUCAAGAACGCCAUGAUGGAAUAUACAAAGAACGAAUUCUAGCUGUGAGUGUUGAGUGUGUAUUACAGGUGAAUGAGUAUCGUGGAGGUUUGUUAUUUAUUGUUUUCUGGUAGAGUCUAGUGACAUGGCACUGUUUGCUUGUAAACAUAGUUUACUAUUAAAUCUAUGUAAAUCAUUAAAUAAUUAAAGACACUCUAAACUCUUGGUUUCUUUGUUUUUCUUUAUUUUUAAUUUCAGACCCAUUUUUCUGCACAAUUAUGUUCUGAAUAUAUUUCUGCGUUUUCACAUAACGAAUGGACAAACAAACGAAUAACAUAUUCCGUUUCCUUCUCCCUGUACCUGCCAAGAGGAGAUAUUGAUAGAGAGGGGAAUUAAUUGGGUGGGCAAUUAUUUGGUGGGGUGGG